AUGGAGCCGCACGAGCGCAUUACAAAAUCAUCUACAGACACAGGUAGAGCAGCCAGAAAUGCUCAGCAACAACCCAGCAUCGCUAUAUCGAUGUCAGGGAGCGGCGCUGCUUCACCCAGCAGCAGAACUAAACACGAUGGCAACAAUGCGAAGCGUCCACCCCCUCUGAAGGCAACCGUUGCCGCCAACACCGCCACCACUGCAGGCCCAUUGACCGGCAGCGACACUGUUGGUCAGCCACAGCAACAACCGCAGCUUCAGCAGGUGGCAGCUGGUAUGGCUGGCAUUUUCAAGGGGACCACUACGCUUACCACACCCUCGACGCCGCGCAUCGAACUGAGUCGCGCAUCGUCGUCGUCGCAUCACGAAGAGGAUAGCCGGGAAAGCAGUCCGGAGAAUGUGUUCGAGCAGGUUGGCACUGGCACCCUACAGGAAACGAUCGGUGUGGGCUUUCGCGAAGAGGGCGCCCUGGAGUUGCGCAGCUCAACGGAGGAAUUGUACUUUAUGGACCCGGAACAGAAGAAGGAGGAGCAAGAGAAACUGCAACAACAGCAAGCGAAGCGCUCCUCGCCACACAUAUUUAAAUUUGACGAUCAUCAGAGCUACUUGCAGCAGCAUCAGCGCAAGGAUUCCGCAAGCUCCGAGGUCGCUGCAUUGCUUUGCAUUUCCGGACGCACAAGUCGCAUUUCAAGCGUCGGCAGUCAGGGUUCGGCCGUGAGUCGUCUGUCGGCCGUAUCGGGUGUUUCGCGUUCACCCUCUCCACAUCGAAUGCUUUUGGAGACAUCAUUUUGUGGUCCCAAGCCACUGGAAAAUGUAGUGGACGGUCGCGUUUCAACUACUAUUGAGCCAGCAACGGCUGAAUUACUCGAACAGGUGUUACUGGCGCGUAAGCACGACCCCACUCAGGCAGUGUUGGCAGAAGGCAUCACCGUGGAGAGUUCACCAAAGAAGAAGCCCACAACGCUGUCAAACGGUGAGGCCAAGCCCCCAUUGAAAAGUACUAAGAGAUCUGAGCGACCUAGCGCUGUUGGUAUUGUUGGCGCUGGUGCUGGUGGUGUUGGGAAGCCCACUAUGGGUGCUCAACGUCGAAGCACCAAAAGCCCUGGGCAGAUGGUAAUCGGAAAGACGCCCGGUGGCACAGAGUAUAUACGCAUAAACCUGAAACCCGACCACAUGUACGACGACAGGGGUAUUGCACCGCAUGAGAAAGUUGUCGAGGCGCCAAACAGUAUCGCUCCGCUUUACUCACGCAGCCAGAAGAAACCUGCUUCGCUCAGCUUAGGCCGCACUGCCGUGGAUGAGAACCGUCUGACACCUACGGCUAGCCCCAAGCCCACGCGUCAUGGCAUUCUGGCGAAGGACACGCACGGUAGCCGCUCUCCUUCUCCUGCCAAUGUGCCCGUUUCACGAAAAAGUUCAUUUAGUUCAAUAUUUCGCCUUGGCGGCAAGGAUUCGCCUGACUCGCCCCGCGAACGUUCACGUUCACGUAGCAAAAGUAAAGAACGCCAAACUCCGCAGUCACAAAAUGUUACGCCAAGCAAACAGAAAUCCGUUUUAGCGAUUUUUAAGCCUGGCAAACGUGGUAGCAACGCAGGCGCUGAUGCAAAAUCUUCGAAGAGUUCCUCGCCCAUUGAUGGACAUGAGCUACAGCAACAGGCGCAGCAAACACGCAGCAAGUCGCAUACGCCAUCAUCAACGAGUGGUGGUUCUCGGCCCGCUAGUAGGUUACGUUAUUACGAUGAGCCCGUAGAAGGCGUAAUACACAUACCGCUUCAUACUCCGCCUGAGGAAAAGGAGGCGCGAAAAUUAUUGCACGGCAUACAACAAUUAAAUGCGGAGCCGACGCGCCCAGUUCCAACAGCUAUAACGGCUAGCCAGCUGGCCGCGGCCGCUGCAGCUUUGAAGCCUGUGGGGGCCCGGAAGAGUUCGGGAAGUGGAUCAUCGGGCAGUGGUCAAUCGCAGCCGAGGUCUCAGCAAGUGGAUAAGUUGCAGCGCAUUGAGAAUCUCGACGCCAUACAUACGCUGUCGCAAGAUGAUGACAAUAAAGAGCGCACAUGGAGUCUGGAGGUGAACAAACAUAGUUCCCAGGAUUCGCAAGAAACUGCCGGUUCAGAGAUAAGCUAUGCUAGCGCUAUCAAGGUCAAUCUUCGUUCGAAUCUGGCAAAUGUUAAGGAAAAUGUGGUGCAGGAAAAUGGUGUGGCAGCGGAGGCGGAAAUUCAUCGAUUGCCUUCAGUGGAUAGCGGUGGGGAGGUGAAGGUCGUUGAGACGGUGGCGAUGGUCAACGUGAAUAUCACACAAAUUCAGCCCGAAACUGAACAUACAAAAGAAAAACGUCGAUUGCUCUUUACGACACGCCUCGGCUCUGGCAGUCAGGACCCAAUUUUUUCCACACAAUUUAGUAUUUCAAAGACUGAAAGUCAGUCGAGCCAGUUGUCUGAGCAAAUACAGGAAACAAUAGCCGAGAGUCCUGUGUCGGAGACCCUGCGCAGACAGGGCACUGUAAUACGCCGUUCAGAAGAGGAAGUGGAAGCCAGUGCUCCUGCACAAGUGGCAGAACCCAAAGAGCCAAUGAAAAUGCCACCGAAACGGCGAAGCUCUACCGAAACCUCAACUCGUCGCCAGAAAUCGAUUUCUACUUCUGAGGACGAGAAACACAUUGUACAAACAACAGUUACUGCAGUUGUUAUGCGACGCAAGGAAUCACAUGAGGAGCCGAGGCGAAAAUCGCGCUCCACGUCAGAAGACGACGCGGAUGCUGGUGGCGGUGUUUUGAAUCAACGCCAUUCCCGGUAUCUGGAAAACUUUGAUGUGCGGAAAAAAUACCACGAAAAUGUACCCCGAAAGCCGAAACGGCAAAGCUUUUCCGAAACCAAACGCGGCGAGGGCGUAGAAGAGACGAUUUUAAUUGCUGCAGAGCAACAUGAAGAUCAAAAACCACCAAAACAGCAACAACGUAAGCCAACACUGCCUCAGCCGCCACCUCCAUCUACAGCGCCCUCACCUUCGCCACCUCCAAUUGCUGCUUCCGCUUCUGGGAGCCGUUCGCCAACGCCAACGACACAUCCACCACGCUCGCAAUCUCAAUCACCUGUAGAUCGUUCCGGAAAACACACACCCGUCAAACCUCCACGAACCUCAACACCCCCUCGUCGUUCACAUGCCGCAACCGAAAGACAAUCAAUGCCCUCGACCGACGAACCAAUUGAGUCAUCCGAAAGUGAAAGAGACUCAGACUUAGCAGGCGGCAGCUCUGCGUUAGCCGACCCCAAGCGGCGGCACUUGCCGCGUCAUGUCGGCGCUAUCGAAGAUCACGAGAGUACAGGACUCGUUUCGCAAGAGUCCUUCGACGAGCUUCCCUAUGUGCCCACUACACUACCCGAGGAGCGAGCGCAAGGCGUCCCACUCAUUCCUAUGAAAGAUCGGGCCAACAUGGAAUUGAAAACAUGCCCUGUGGAGCGUCCACGCUCAACUACGCCACUAAAUCCUUCCCACUUAGAGGAAUAUUGCGGCAUAGUUACACCUCAGGA